CAACAAGAAAAGUCUUGGAAGAAAGAUUGAACAUUGGCGCGGCUGGUCGACUUGAUGUAAUAAAAGAGCUGAAUAUGCCUGCUGGUUUUUAUACAAAAACUGGAAGUGGGAGAAAGAAUGACAAGAGAGUAAAACAAGCAAAUGCAAGGGCCCAGAUGAAGUUCAAGGAAGCAAGACAGAAGAUUCAACAGGCAAAAUUGUCGGAAGAGGCAAGAUCGAAGGCACGGAAAGGAGUAACAUAUGAGAAGGAUUGUUUUAGUGGUUCAACCUAA